GCCUCUGUGCGUUUUCCUCCGCGCGUUGAUUUCAUACCAAACUCAUACUUGGCAUUCCGCCUUUUUCUGUCAAACACGAUUAUUUUUACCGUGAAACUACUCGCGAUACACAAAGCAAAACUGCUCUAGAAGCCCCGGUGUGCGGAGAGGAGUGUGUGCCUGUAGCAGCGGGGCAGCAGAGCCAUUGUAAGGUGCGUUGUGGCCAGGAGCCGUCAUCAUUGCGUCGGAGUGGAGUUGCCGUGGCAGCCCUGAUGGGGCGCAGGAGGACGGCGGCGAUGGAGAGGGCCUGGGAGACGGGGCGGACCGCGGAUUGGACGGUGACCCCGAGGGCGUGUGGAGUCCAGACAUUGAACAGAGCUUUCAGGAAGCUCUGGCCAUCUACCCUCCCUGCGGCAGGAGGAAGAUCAUACUUUCAGAUGAGGGGAAGAUGUAUGGUCGAAAUGAGUUGAUAGCUCGCUAUAUCAAGCUACGAACUGGGAAGACGCGCACACGCAAACAGGUGUCUAGUCACAUUCAGGUUCUGGCACGUAAGAGGGUACGAGAAUACCAGACCAGCAUCAAGGCCAUGAACUUGGACCAGGUAUCCAAAGACAAGGCACUGCAGACAGUAGCCAACCUCUCAUCAGCUCAGAUUGUGUCUGCUAGUGUAAUGAAACCCCAGACUCCGUUCCCUCCGCCAGUCAGAUUUUGGCCCGGCCCUGUGCCAGGACAGCCUGGACAUUCUCAGGACAUCAAGCCCUUUGCACAGCCACCGUACACUACACUAACAGCCCCUGUCCCUGCUCCCAUUAGCUAUGAGCCCGUGCCUCCCCCACGCCCUGCAGCUCCUGUAUGGCAAGACAGAACCAUCGCCUCAGCAAAACUACGGCUACUGGAGUACUCUGCUUUCAUGGAGAUCCAGAGAGACAGGGAGACGUAUAAACACCUUUUUGUACUCAUUGGCCCAUCAAACCCGGGCUACAAUGACCCCGUGUUGGAGUCCAUAGAUGUCAGGCAGAUUUACGACAAGUUCUCUGAGAAGAAAGGAGGCCUGAAGGAGCUGUAUGAAAAAGGGCCGCACAACGCAUUCUUCCUCGUCAAGUUCUGGGCGGACCUGAGCAGCGACAUCGAGGAGGGAUCCGGUGUGUUCUACGGUGUGAGCAGCCAGUACAGUGGAACAGAAAACAUCACCAUCAGUGUCUCAACAAAGGUCUGCUCCUUUGGCAAACAGGUGGUGGAGAAGGUUGAGACAGAAUAUGCACACAUGGAAGGAGGAAAGUAUGUGUUUCGCAUUCAUCGUUCUCCCAUGUGUGAAUAUAUGAUCAACUUCAUUCACAAGCUCAAACACUUGCCAGAGAAGUACAUGAUGAACAGUGUACUGGAGAACUUCACCAUCCUACAGGUGGUGUCCAACAGAGAAACUCAGGAGACUCUGCUGUGCAUCGCCUUUGUGUUUGAAGUGUCCACGAGUGAACACGGAGCACAGUACCACGUUUAUCGACUAGUUAACGACUAGCAGCACUUUGUGUGCGUGCAGAGACUCUCCACAAACUUUUUGAUACAUACAGCAUAAAUACUAUUUCCAGCUCAAACACACAGAAUCUCCACUCCUCUACUCUAAACACACUUUUUUUGACAGACCAACAGUCACACUGUAGUCACACCUGUUGCUGUUCUUUCCUCUUCUUUACUGUGAGUGCAUUUCCGUCACUACAAACAAUACACACACGUCUCAACAACUUACAAUAACCUAAACACUGAAGUGAAUUUCAUUUUUAUAGAUUUUGACCAAAACGAUAAUGAUCAGUGAGCGUUGUGAUGUUAUCAGUGUGUUAUCCAGUCACAUAAAUGUGUCACCUAGUGAAACUGAUCUCUCAAUGACUGCGUUUACAUGCACAAAAUAUUCAGAUUUUUGCCCUUAUUCAUAAAAAGACAAUAUUCCGACUAAGCUGUUUACAUGGUUAAUGAAAAUUAAUAUUCCUGUAUACAUGCAGCAGUGCAUACUCUGAUUAAUGUGCCCUAACAUGACAUCUGUCACGUCAAAAUUGCACUUCCAUUUGGCUUCUUUGCGUCAAAAUAGGACUU